CGUCUCUACGCUGCGGAACGCCUCGCCCACCAUGUCCACGUUUUCGUCCAACAUGGUGACCCGUAUGGAGAACGACGACCACGACCUGCGGUACAUGGCUGUGUCUGACCUCAAGCGCGAGCUGGAAAGCGAUGGCUUUCCCUGCAGGCCUUCCGACGCCAGUCACCUCGUCAAUGGCACUGUCCGUCUUCUCGGCGACUCGUCGCGUGAUGUCCGCGCCCUUGCUGUGGAUGUCUUCCCGCUUCUGGUCAAGGUCUAUGGAACCAAUGCUGUCCGAUCGCUCAUUCCCGCCCUCACCUCCAACAUGCUCUCGGAGAAGGAAGAGCUUCGUGAUGUCUCGGCCAUGGGCCUCUCGGUCAUUGUCACCGAGCUGGCUAUCGACUCGCCGGAUGCAACGCUUGUAUGUGAGCUGGCCAUCGGCCCACUGGUCCAAGGCCUCCGCUCCAGCAACUCGGACGUCAACAUCCGUGCGCUGGAAGUCACCUCGGCCGUCCUCGCCAAGUUUUGCGCCCGCGUCGUCGACGCCCACAAAGUUCUGCUCGACGCCCUGCUGAGCCUCACGGAUGCGACGCGGGAGACGGUGCGGAAGCAUACCGUGACCUCGAUUGGCUAUCUGACUGCCUCGCUCUCGCCUGACCUCUUCUCGCACCUCUUCGACUACCUCGUCGACACGCUCGCGGACAACGGCGCCUCGGGCACCAAGCGGAAGACGCUGGUGGCCUGUCUCGCGGCCGUGACUGACACUGUCGGCCCGCGGGUUGCCCAGCGACUUGGUGACAUCAUCCAGCUCUCGAAGCGCCUUGUCGUCGACCCGGUUGGUCGCGACCACGACAUGCUCGCCGUCGAAGUCACUGACGCGGUCAUCCGGCUCUACACUGCACUGGUCCGCCGCUGCCCGGCCGCCGUCGCCAUCCACCUCGACACGAUCAUUGAGGCGUGCGUGGCGUUCAUCGCGUUUGACCCCAACUACCAGGACGAUGACGACGACGAUGAGAAUCCGUCGGACGAGGACUCUGACUAUGACGAGUACGACGAGUACGACGACGAUGACAUGUCCGACGACGAGGACAUCUCGUGGAAGGUCCGCAAGGCGUCGGCCAAGUGCCUCGCCGCCAUGGUUGAGACCCGGCCUUCGAUGCUCCCGCACUUUUACUCGGUCAUCUGUCCAGUUCUUGUCAAGCGGUUCAAGGAACGGCAGGACGCAGUCAAGGCCGAUGUCUUUGCCGCCUUUGUCACACUUGUCAAGACGACCGCCAACGUCUCGCAGCGCGGCGCUUCGUCAUCGGACUCGGCCUCGCUCAGUCUCCUUGUCGCUGCGCUCCCGGCGGUGGCCAAGUCGCUCGCACCGCAGCUGACCAAGUCGCCGCGCGCCCGCGAGGCCGCUGUCGCGGUGGUUCUCCAGCUUGCCACCGUCCUGCCCAACGAGCUCGAGUCGACGCUCCCGCUCUUUGUCCCGCGCCUCGUCAAGGUCCUCAAUGAGGCCGACGCCGACGCCAACGCGCUCCGGGUCGACGUCUGCACCGUCCUCCGCUCGCUCCUCGCGAACGCAGGUCCAACCGCCUUUGUUCCGUUCCGCGCCCAUCUCAUUGCCGCCAUCCUCCCGCUCCUCUCCGACUCGAACUUCAAGAUCAUCUCGGGUGGGCUGCAGGUUCUCGAGCUGCUCGUUGCAGUCCUCGCCGCUGACCCGCCGGCCGCCGACAACCUCGAGGCUGUGCUCGACGGCACCAUUGCAGCGCUCAAGGGCGAGUCGGACCGUCACGUCAAGACACACGGGCUUGCCGCGCUGGGCGCCACCGUCGCUGCCGCCGCGCACACGCUCGGCAGCUCGCGGGUGGGCGACGCGCUGCCGCUCUUUGUGGCGUCUGUCCAGAACGCGCUGCUUGACGUCCGCGUCGCCGCCGUCUCGGCUCUCGGCACCGUGUUCAGUGCCCCGGCGGCUGCCGGCGUCUUUGACGUCAGCGCUGCGGCCUCGGUCCUCCAAGACGAGCUUACCGGCUUCCUCCGCAAGUCGGACCGUGCGCUCGUGGCAGCUGCACUCACCACCACCAAGGCCAUGGUUGCCUUUGCGCCGGCGACCUUUAACGACUCGACGGUCGUCGCGCUCGGCACCGAGGCCGCUGCGCUUGUCUCCGAGGCCGAUCUCGGCCUCGCCACCCUUGCUGCCGACCUGCUGGUGGCUCUGGUCGACGGCGCUUCUGCGCAAGUCGCGGCGCAGCUGUAUCGCCUUGUCUCCCAGCCCGUUAUGGCGCUCCUCUCGACCGCGGUGGUCCAGGGUGCCUCGCUGCAGGUCCUGGUCCAGCUCCUAGAGGCGGCGGUGGCCAAGUCUGCAGUAGGCGUUGAUGCUGUUGUCGAUGCUCUUGUCGCGUGCGGGACCGACGGUGACUCGCCGCUCCCGCGGCAGGCAUACACCUCGCUGGCGACUGCCAUCGCCGGUGUCCUCAACGCUGCGGCCGCCAUCGAGAGUCACCUCGCGCAGUUUGCUACUGUUGCUGGUGACGGGAAUGGGAGUGAGGCCUCGCGUGUCCUUGCGCUCUACGUCCUCGGCCAGAUUGGCGUCCGCCACUCGACCGCUUCGGCCAAGGAUGAGCUCGCACGCGCAGCCAUGAGCGUCUUUGACGCCGAGUCGGAGCGGAUCAAGGCUGCUGGCGCGUACGCGCUCGGGAAGCUCGCAGUCUCGGCGCCGGACGCGUAUCUCCCGCGCAUGUUUGAGGUCAUGGACGGCGCGAGUGGACAGACCCAGUUCCUUGUCCUCACCGCCUUUAAGGAGUUUGUCGACACGGCGCUUAAGAUCCCUUCAAGCAACGCGCUCGCUGGUGUCAAGACAAGCCUCUGGCCAGUUCUCGUGGCCUCGGCGGCGUCGGACGAGGUUGGAACCCGUAACGUGGCCUCCGAGUGCCUCGGCCUUCUGGUUGCAUCGAAUAUGGCCGACAUGGCGCCGGCGCUGGCCGAGCUUGUCGCCUCGGAGCAGGCGCAUGUCCGUGGCGGCGCGGUCUCGGCCCUCAAGUCGGUGCUCGCAGCAUCGGGCGCCGACGCCGCGCUUGCGCCGUUUCUCCCGACCUUCUUUGCGCUCAUCGCCGACCCGUCUGUCGAAGUCCGCCGGCUGGCGGUCAAGACCUUCACGUUCUUUAUCAACCGCGCCCCGGCGCUGGUCUGCGACCUCGUCCCGGACCUCCUCCCGCAGCUUUACGACGAGCUGCCGGUCAAGAAGGAGCUUAUCCGCGAGCUCAAGCUCGGCAUCAUGACCGUUAAGGUCGACGACGCCGAGCUCAACCGCAAGGCCGCGCUCGAGUGCUUCCACGUUCUUGUCCUCGUCGCGCUCGACAAGAUCAACGUCCACGAGCUGGUGCCCAAGCUCAUGGCCGGGUUUGGCGACCGGCUCACCGACAACGCCAUCCUCUGCCACACCAUUCUCACCGAGCUCGCCAGCCUCGUCCCUGCAGCGCUCCUCGAAGUGGUCGAUGCUCUCAUCAAGGCCUUUACCAAGACCCUCAAGGACCGCCCGUGGAGCAAGGCCGCCAAGGACGUCGACGCCUUUGCCGCCCUCAUCAACGCCACUCUCCGCACCAUCCACACACUCCACCCGCUCGCCCUCGCCGCGGACUCGUCCGGCAAGUGGCGCGCAUUUGAGGCCUCGGUCGCCGCCGGCAAGUGGGCCUCGCAGUACGCCGUGGUCUGCGGCCGCGAGGUCGAGGCACCUGCCGGUGCCAGUGGCUGA